CUGGCAUCCUGUGUGCUGUCCAGUGCCCCCCAGGACUGGGGAUGGUGGCGAUGGAAGGUGGCUGCAGGCCGGAGCCAGCCCCGCUCACCUCCAGGUACCCUCGAGUCCUCUCUGAGGGCUUCAGCCACUACUGAUGCCAAAGAGAAACAUUCGGGCCUGUGCCUGGCAGCUCGGCUCCUCCAUCGGUGACAGGGGGACACCCAGCGGUGGGCAAGACUCCCACUGCCGCUCACGGCAUCCUCCCAGGCUGCCUUCCUGACAGCACCCUCGGCCUCUCCCUGAACCUGCCGGGCCCCAAAUGCCCAUGCAUUUUCCAGGGAGUCUGGGCAGAGGGUGAGCUCCCAGGCUCGGGCCGAUGUGCGGCUCAGACUCCCGCGUGCGGGGUAUCACAUGGCCGCCCCUCCACCAGCAAGAAACAUGGGGAGGUGAGGCCGCUGCCUGAAGGGGGUGGAGUGUGUGUGCACAUCUCGGUGUCUCAUCUGCCCAGUGUUCACGGAGCAGAUGUCAACAGGAGCGUCUACAUGGGAAGGCGACCCAGGCCGGGGGGCAGGGAACAGUCCUCUGCUGCUCAGGCCCGAUGGCACGGAGGGUCCUCUGCCACUGGCGGGAAGCGCCCUGACUGUCCUGACUUGCCUGUGGCCUCCGACCCAGCAGGACAGAGCCCUAAGUGAGCCCGGGGGUGGCCUGGGCGGCCGCAGGGCCACUGGCUGCGUUCCCAGUGCCAGGUGCACGUGCACAGGAUGAGCCGGGCUGUGGGGGCUGAAAACGGCAGCGCAGAAACGGUUAUAAAGGGGGUGGGCCUAAGGCCACAGGGGGGGACAGCUCUGCUCCCGCUGAGCCUGGGGCUGACUCUGGUCGCCUGGGUUAAGCCUCGAACUGUCAUGCAGAGCAACUUUGACCUGGCCAGGGUUUCCGGGACCUGGCACUCUGUCGUCAUGGCUUCGAGCGACCUGAGACGGACUGAGGAGAGCUGGGACCUGCGGGUCUUCAUGCGGCACCUGCAGGGCCCAGAGGACGGCAGUCUGAAAUUCUGCUAACGCUUCAUGGUGCAGGGGGAGUGCGAGCCGGUGGACGUGAUCUGCAGGAAGGUGGAGAAAAGUGGGCAGUUUACCAUCACCUGUGAGUGGCCCAGCCUCCCGUCUGGGGCAGAGCUCCCAUUCCUCAGGGCCUGGCCGUCUCCUGCCCAGCUCAGAUGUAGGGGAUUACAUGGGACCCCUGGACACCUGCCCACCCCCACAGGGGCUCCCGGCAGUCCCCCAAAAGCAGGUGUGUCAGCGGGGGUCUCAGAGGAGCGUCCGUGCCACACAGAUGAGGGGGACAACAGGGUGACCCUCUUGGAGACGGACUACAGGCUGUACACCACGUUUCACCUGCUGGACACGAGCGGGACAGAGACGCACGUGCUGGCUCUCUACUGUACCUGGCCCGCCGCCGGUGGGGUCUCGCCCUGCCCCCAGGCUCUGGCCCCAGCAGGGCAAUCAGGGGCAAGAGCGGACGUCCAGCUGCCCACGCAUGUCCACACCCCGUGCUCGCAGGACCCCUCCCUCCACAGCCUCAGCGCUGCCCAUGUCCCCCCAGACCCGCCCCACACAUCGUCCCAAAUGACCUGAGAGGGACCCCAGCCCCUGCUGUUCUGUCCUCAGGAUGGAUCCCAGAGCUGAACUCCAGCUUCCUGAACAGAUUUGAAAAAAUCUGCCCAAAAUAUGGACUUGGUCCCCAAAACAACAUCAACCUGGGCACCCAAGGAAGGCCUCGCCGCCCCCCCCACCGGCAGCCGAAGGCCUGCAAGGGGGCUCUGAGGACGGAAGUUUCUAGAGCAGCCCCACCACGAGGAGCCCAGGGCUGGGGGACCGGGGUGGUGGCCCCGGCACCCCCCUGAGAGCCUGGCUUUGCCUUCCCAGAAGUCUGCUUCACACAGAAGAGGCAGAGGAGCCGCGGCCUUGGGUGCGCGAGCCUCCCUGGGGGGCUGGGUGGGGCUGCCGUGGCAGAGGACCAGAGGCUGGGGCCUGGAGCUGCCGCGACCCCCUCUCCCAGCUCUGCAGCCAGCAGCCUGAAGCCAAGGUGUGAGCAGGCCUGCGCACCCAAGGGAGCACGCCUCCUGCCUCUUCAGCUCCCGGUGGCCCCUGGCGUCCCCGGCGUCUCCGGCCCGGGGCUGUGUCCCCCCACCCUCUGGCUCCCAGCCCCGUGCCUCUCCUGUGUAUUUCUCCUCUCCUGUCUGCAAUGCGUCCCUGGGUGUGGCCUCCUGGACGAUGCAGGAUGCGCCCAUCUCAAGAUCCCUCAUCACAUCUGCAGACCCUUUUUCCAAAGAAGGUCCCAUUCCCAGGCUGCAGGCGUCAGGGUUUACAGCAGCCCUGCCCACAGCCUUCGGAAGGAAAUGGCCCUCGACAGGUGAAGGGCUGACAGAGAGGCCCACACCACAGGACGCGGCUCCGUGCAGACGGGGCGUCCGCAUGAUCCCCAGGGAGCCGUGUCUGGAGAAAGCGGCCACCUCCAGGGCCACGCUUAGACUCCACCGUAGAAUACUCUCGAAAUGACAAAGCUGCAGAGGAGGAGAUACAGCCCGUGACUUGCAGGGCUUGGGGUGGUGACGGGGUGAGAUGGAAGAGGGUGUGGUUCACAAGGGCCACAGGGCGAGUCUUCGCAGGAUGAAAAGUUCUGGAUCUGAACGGUGGCAGUAGAUGCAGGAACCUGCAUGUGCAAAGGAACACAGGCCCUAAACACACUCAGGCUCACACCCACUGUGUGUGAGCGGGCUGUACCAUGUCAGGGCUGGGUGGUGUCCUGCCAGUCGUCUGCCCUGGGAGGACGGGUGGAGGCUCCAGGGUCUCUACGAACUCUCACGCUGCGUGGAGACUGCCAUCAUCUCAGAGUAAAA